AUGGAUAUAGGAAAAACUAAAUUUUAUCCCAAGGAUGAUUAUAAUACUUCAAUAUAUAAGGCAGCAAUAAUAUUUCUAUUUGCGGGAAAUCUUUGUUGUAUAAGUUCAUUUGUAUUGAUUAUGUUGGAAGGUGAUCAAUUAUUAAUAACUUUAGGAUUUAGUAUAACGGUUAUAUUCUUUGUGAUUUCGGGAUGUCUCGCAUUUGUUUAUUCAUUUGCACCAAUAUUUUUGACUAUUAAAUAUAAACCAAAAAAUCGAACCGUUGCAGUAUUAGCUAUAGCGUGUCAUAUAGUACUUCAGGUAUUAGGUGGACCUGCUAGUUUUGCUUGGCAAGUGGGAACUUGUGCAGACGUGUUAAUAAGAUUUGGGGUUAUUACGAUAGUAGGAAUGCCACCUCCAAAAAAGUUAUUAAAGUUUAUAAAAAAUAAAUUAUAUGGAAUGAAUGCUCUUAAUACUUCAAUAAGAGAAAGAGGUGUAAUAAGUAGUGGAAUUGUUGAACUUGAAAGAUGUCAUUAUAAUAGUUAUAGAGGAAUUAGUGGUAUUGGUGGGGGAGGUUGUUAUAAUGGAAUUAGUGGGGGAGGAGGAAUCAGUGGUGGUAGUGUAUGGCAGACUACAUCACCCUCAUAA